AUGGCCAACAGAAAGGAAAACGCCAACUUCAACUUGGCGACCAGAGCGGGCAAUCCAACGAGAUUCCGAUGCAAAGUCGGCGGAGAAUGGAAGCCUCUCGAUGAAUUUUCCAAGAAUCAACAACGGCUCGUAAGCAACUCGACUGGCGGAUAUCGCAUCAAUGCAGCCAACUCGGGAAUGACUUGCCGAGAGCACUCAGCUGGCCAGCGCACAGAGAUGACGUGCGAGUUGUGCGGCCUUGUUAAGCCUUUGUCUGCGUUCAGCGGCAAUACCAAGAGAAAUGGUAGUAUUGCUCCUGUUACCGGAUAUUCAUCACUUGGCUUAGAAGAUGGCGAAGUGGCCUCCAUUAUUGAAGGAAGCGCCCCUUCCGAGUACUCGGCCUCGGAAACGUCGUCGAGCCGCGCACUCCCCCCUCACCUGCGAGGCUCUAUUGGACAAGACAGAAGCUCCUUGGCUUCUUCGACGGAUGGACGAAAUGCGUCCAACAAGUCUUCGUUUGCGCAGCAUCUGCCUCCUCACCUAAGGCCUCUGGUGCAGCAAGGCCUCUCACUGGACGCUUCGUCCGACUACGCCGGCAAUAGCGAAUAUGGUGAAAACCCCAGCAGUAUUUCGACAGCUACGACAGCGAGGGAGGCACGAUUCGAAAAGAAAGCGCGACGAGUGUCUUUCAAUGCUUGGGAUCCAAGUGGAAUCCAACAUCGAGGCUUCAAAUCGGAAAGCUCGGCCAUGGGAACCUCGGCCAUGGGAACCUCGGAGGCGGAUGAAGAAGAAGACGGUGCUCCAAACCCGCAAGGCCAGGCCAGAGGCAAAUGGCCAAAGAUUGUACGCAUGUCCCAGACAGAGCUGCGCCAGGUCGGCACGAACCACCAUGUUGCGGCUCGAGAUCCCGGCCCUGUGCAUCAUCGCCCAGUGCAGUAUGACACGACCAAGUGCUGCGAGCCGGACGAGGAAGAUGGAGAGGAUUACUAG